GGCUUCCCGUUCACUCCCUCUUUCCGGCGGGGCUCUGCUUCAGCCCUAAUAACGCCCACCGGGCCAGCUUCAGCUCCAGCUCUACUUCGAAGCCUAACCCUAACCCUAGAAUCACAAAACCAGUCCAAAACCCUCGUCAUUUCAUCUGCUCUUCAACUUCAACUCCAACUCCUCACAAUCCAUUGGAGAGAGAGGGGCUGACAAUGGGAAUUCCUGCCUUCUACCGAUGGCUGGUGGAGAAAUACCCCCUGUCUGUCGUGGACGUGCUCGAGGAAGUCCCGAUCUUCGCCAAUGGCGUACCGGUCCCCGUUGACACCAGCAAACCGAACCCCAACGGUAUCGAAUUCGACAAUCUCUAUCUCGACAUGAACGGGAUCAUCCACCCCUGUUUCCAUCCCGAAGGCCAGCCUGCCCCAAAGAACUAUGAAGAGGUUUUCAAGGCUGUGUUCAAGUACAUAGAUCGCAUUUUCUCGAUGAUUCGGCCUCGAAAGCUCCUUUACAUGGCUAUUGAUGGUGUUGCACCUCGAGCUAAGAUGAACCAGCAGCGUGCAAGACGAUUCAGGGCUGCCAAAGAUGCAGCAGAUGCGGCAGCUGAGGCAGAGAAGCUAAGAAGCACAUUUGAAUUGGAAGGGGAAAAGUUAGCUCAUUUGGAACAAACUAAAAUGUUAGACUCUAACGUUAUUACGCCUGGAACCGAGUUCAUGGCUACAUUAUCAUCAGCUCUUCAUUAUUACAUACACCUGAGAUUGAACAUGGAUCCAGGGUGGCGUGGCAUCAAGGUUAUUCUUUCUGAUGCCAAUGUGCCGGGUGAGGGGGAGCACAAGAUAAUGUCGUACAUUCGCUUGCAAAGAAAUCUACCAGGGUUUGACCCGAAUACACAACAUUGCCUGUAUGGGUUGGAUGCUGACUUGAUCAUGCUUGCACUGGCUACACAUGAAGUGCAUUUUGCAAUUCUUAGAGAGGAUGUACGUACAUUCCGUCAAAAUGAUAAGAGCCAAAAAUUUGGUAAGAAUGCCCCUCCGAUAGCUCAUCAGCAUGGGAAGCAGGAGGUAAAGCAAAAGGAAGCUGCAGGCACAGAUGUUAAUGAUGAUGGUCCAAGGCAGAAUUUUCAGUUUCUCAACACUUGGGUUCUCAGGGACUAUUUAGAGCAUGACUUGAGAAUACCAGAUUCAAUGGUGAAAGUAGAUCUGGAACGAUUGGUUGAUGAUUUUGUUUUCAUGUGCUUAUUUGUGGGUAACGAUUUUCUUCCCCACAUGCCUUCACUGGAAAUUUCUGAGGGUGCGAUUGACCUACUAAUGACUGUGUACAAGAAGGAGUUUGUUCGAAUGGGCGGUUACCUGACUAAUUCUUUUGAGGUGGAUUUGGAGCGUGUGGAGCACUUCAUACAAGUAGUUGGCUCUUAUGAAAAUGCCAUCUUUAGGAGACGUAGCCAGAAGGAAAAAGAGAUCCACUUUCAGAAUUCUUCAAAUACCAGGCUUGGCAGCAAUGGUGGCUCUUCAUCACAGCAAUGUGUUGAGCAGAGGAAGGCAUCGAAGGAUUUCUGGUCAUCUCUUAAGCACACAGGAACACCAAUUGCUCAGGCCUCACAAAAUCUACAGCCUGAGGCGAAGGAGUUGCGGAGCUCAGUGAAUGGAUUUCAUCAUGUGAUUUCAAAUGGUUCAGAAUCCAGCGAGGCGAUAGUUGACAAGAUAAAGCUGGGAGAAGAAGGGUGGAAAGAAAGGUACUAUGCUGAGAAGUUUCACGUUAUCAGUGAAGAUGAUUAUAAGAUUCUCAGAAGACAUGCGGUCCUGAAGUAUACUGAAGGGAUUUGCUGGGUCAUGCACUAUUACUACCAAGGAGUCUGCUCCUGGCAAUGGUUUUAUCCUUAUCAUUAUGCUCCAUUUGCUUCAGACUUUUAUGGCCUGGAUCAGUUGGACAUCCGCUUCACACUUGGGGUUCCUUUCAAGCCAUUUGAUCAGUUGAUGGGUGUUUUGCCUGCUGCAAGUGCACAUGCACUUCCUUUGUUUUACAGGAAGUUGAUGACGGAUUCAUCAUCGCCUAUUGCUGAUUUUUAUCCUAAAGAUUUUGAGCUUGACAUGAAUGGAAAACGUUACGCAUGGCAGGCUGUUUGUAAACUACCAUUUAUCAAGGAGUCCCGCCUUCUUGCAGAAAUCACAAAGUUGGAAGACACCUUAACGGAUGAAGAAAAGCAGAGAAAUAGUUUGGGUUUUGAUGUACUCUUUGUUCACAUGUCACAUCCUUUAUCAACAAAGAUCAUGUCAUCCUAUAGGCGUAAAAAGGAUCACCCGAAAUUGCUCAAGGCCAAAAUCAAAAGAAAAAUCAAUCCGACUAUCAGUGGAGGAAUGAAUGGCUACAUGUAUAUUUCUGAUAAAUCUGCUUGCCCUCUGGAAAUUUGUUCCCCAAUUAGAGACACGGAGAAGAUUUCAAAGAACCAAAUCAUAACUGUGUUUUACAAGCACCCUCCUAUCCAUCCCCACAUCCCCAGGCCACCAAAAGGGGUCAUCAAGACUGGGAAGUCGGUUUCCAAGAGGGACGUGUUACCAAUACCUUUGUUAUGGCAUGAGAAAACAGCUGUUCUGGGACGUGUAUUUUCUGAAAGGCCUGUUCCCAAUUCUAUAUCUGGCUCCUGCCUGGCAAAGUUGGCGCACAAGCUUGUAUCGGAAUACUAUCUUGCAAACAAGAAAGACACUUCGGUUGCAUGCAGAACCGAAGUCUCAACUGAAGUUUCGCCUUGGCACUCGAAAGAGAUGGACGGAAAGGGAAGCUGCAUGAAUGACACAGGCAAGAGAAGGAAGAAGUGGGAUGAUGACAGCAAAGCCAAGAAGAAAAGGAAGCAAAGGGACGAUGACAGCAAAGCCAAGAAGAAAAGGAAGCAGAGGGACAAUGAAGGCAAAGCCAAGAGAAUCAAGAAGCGAAGGAAAUUUUCCCACAAAGCCUAAGCACGAUUACCGGUGAAUCUUAGCCUCUGAAAUUUUGGUAGGGAGUGGAGGUAUGCAGUUCAGAGCAAGAUGCUAUCGGUGUUUAAGUAGCCAAGCUUUUCUUAAUUUAUGCGAUGAUCCCCAUGUAUUACUAUUCAAGUAAAUUGUGCAUUCUUUUCUUGGCCUCCAAUGAAAAUAAUUGAAAGGUUGUUUGAGUGCAUAUGGGAGCAGAUCCCAUCUGCCUGGUUCA